AUGUCAGUUCCUCCAGAUCUUCACCAGCGCUAUGUCCUGGCCUGCCAAGACAAGGGCCACCCUGAAAACCCCUUCAUUGUUCAUGUGCUUCAAGAAGCUGAUAAAAACAACGAAAUAUGGACAAAAGGAAUCACCUUAAAAAUAGCUGGAAGUAAUCAUCUAGUGCCUGUGCAGAGAGUUACAGAUGAUGAUCUGCAAGUUCUUGCCUCUGUCUUAGACAGUACUGUCUUUGUCACAGGUUUGGAUCUCAGGUAUAACGUAUUGACUGAUGCUGGAGCCAGGCACAUGGCAGCAUUCCUCCAGGAAAACUCCACUCUGCAGUACCUUAACCUGAUGUUCAAUGACAUUGGUACAAGUGGAGCAGAGCUGAUAGCGAGAGCACUCCAUGGGAAUGAAACUCUAGCCUGUUUGAGAAUGACUGGGAACAAAAUAGGAAACAAAGGUGGAAUGUUCUUUGCUUCAAUGCUACAAAUAAAUUCAACCUUAGAGAAGCUGGAUCUUGGAGACUGUGAUAUGGGUGCAGAGUGUCUAAUAGCAAUAGCUACAGCCCUGACUCACAACCCAUCAGUCAAGGCAGUCAACCUGAGUCGUCCUUUACUCUACAGCCAACAGGAAGAGACCACAGUUCAUGUAGCUCUGAUGUUGAAAAGUAACUCUUCUCUUGUGGAGCUCCACUUGUGCAAGCAUGAAAUGAAAAACUUUGGUGUAGAGAGACUGUGCGAGGCAUUGUAUGGAAACUCCUGCCUGAGAUACCUUGAUCUUGGCUGUAAUAAAAUAACCCAGGAUGGUGCGAGGUUUUUGGGAGAACUACUGAAAUGGAACCAAACGCUGCAAAUCCUGGAUCUUAAUGCAAACCAAGUGGAGGAUGUUGGAGCCCUCUGCCUGGCCGAAGCCCUGGCCCUGCACAACAGGACUCUUCGGGCGUUGUCAGUAGUAAGCAACAAUAUCAGUGGCAAAGGACUUGUAGCUCUUUCAGAUGCAAUGAAAACAAACAUGGAACUUUCCUGCAUUUACAUCUGGGGGAACAAAUUUGAUGAAGCCGCCUGUACGGCGUUUUCAGAGUUGAUUGGCACGGGCCGCCUGAAGCCCUGUUGCACAGAUGUGGAGCCCUAUGAAGUGGAGGGGCAGACUCACCUGGCAGAGCUGUCCCACGGCCUUCAGAAGCAUUACUACUGGACACCAAGCUUUGGGGAGGUGCCAAACAAAGAUGCUAACGCUGCCCUGCACUCAUGGCUGUCCCAGAGCCGCCGUGAGUGAGGGGGCAGCUCUGUGUGCACCAUGUGUUGCUGAAGCAUUUCCCAGCUGGUUUCUGGUCAGAUAGAUGAUAGCAG